UGCUUCACAGUUCAAUCAAGACAAGCCUACAUACUGGAACAAUAUAUCCCGAAUCAAGCACUACAUAUAAGAAAUGGGUAAAGUUAGAGGAAGAAGGGCACAAAGCAAGGAAGACAGGGAGUCUGUGGAACAAAAGGAGACUUCUGUUUCGGCGAACACUGACCUUGAGCAAGGGAAAGAGCAGAAUGGCAAUGAGACGACGCCGUUCUUUGGUCUCGUUGACUCCAACGAGCUCACAUACUUUCAUCAAGCCGAACAAACGUUAAAUUUGAACACGUUUAGUACCUCGGACGAAAAGGAUCUUUUCAUUGACAGUGUUUUCAACGAAGCCAAGGGUAAAGAGCUCAAGUUGGUCACCAACCAGAUUUGCUCGAAGCUAAUGGAGAGAUUGAUUCUCAACUCUACGUUGAAGCAGAUGCACCAACUUUUCAGUGCGUUCAACGGGAGGUUUUACGACCUCUCGAGACAGAAGUACAGCUCGCAUGUCAUGGAGACUUUUUUGGUGAGAUGUGCGGCAUUAAUCGAAAAGGAGAUUCUCUACGGUGGCCAUGAAACAGAAGAAGAGGAGGCAGACGAGGAAGAGAUGGAAGGCUGGGUGAGCAUGGAAAACAUGUUUCUUUACAUUAUCGGGGAGUUCAAAAGCCACUUGAAGAACAUGAUGAAGGACAAGUAUGCAUCCCACGUUCUCAGACUGGCGUUGCUCGUGAUGACGGGUAAGGAGCUACCGUCGAGUGUGGAGUCUAACUCGAUUUUGAGAAGCAAGCGGUCGAAGAUUGCGAGAAAGAUGAUCGAGAUCAAGGACAGCGAGGACUACCAGAAGAAGUUCCAAGUUCCCACGUCGUUCAAGGACGAGUUGCGGGAGGUUUUGAAGGAGAUCACCACAGGGGAAACGAGCGAGAGCUUGCGAGAACUGGCGAUAGACUCGAUCUCGUCGCCGAUGGUGCAGCUCUUGAUCCAGCUCGAGGGUAUUGUCGACCGGGAGCGGACGAUCUGGCGGAUGAUUUUCAACGGGGACGAUGAGAAGGCAGAGCAAAAGGAGCGGGAAAAGGAGGGCGCCUUUGUGGAGUACUUGUUGAGUGACAACGUCGGGUCCCACUUCUUGCAGAACGCGAUCGAGAACCAGAAGGUGAAGAGCGUGGAGCGGCUCUACGACACGUACAUGCGGGAGCGGGUGGUGAAGCUCGCCAAACGGGAGACGACCGGGGUCUACGUGGUGGAGAGCAUGAUGGAGAAGCUCAAGGGCAAGCAGCAGCAGGAGAUUCUGGACGCGUUGGUCCCAGUGCUGAACGAGCUCAUUGUGAACAACCUCGACCUGGGCGGACGCAUUGUGGACUGCUCGCUGCGUAACGACAACUACAGGAAGGCCGAGAUCGUGGCGAAGCUGGUGGAGUUCUUCAACCGCGGGAACGAGGAAAGCGGCAUCUUUGAAAACGUGCUCAAGCUCAGCAGCUCCACGCUGCACAGCACGAAGGACGACUGGCCCACCUCGGAGGAAAGAAGACGGGCGUUGUUUCUCGAGAAGCUCAUUGCCUACGAUGAGGAGACCGUGCUGCCGCUCUGCGUGGAGUCGCUGCUCGCUCUCGACGACGACACGCUUGCCAAGUUCUGCAAGCACGGCGUCUUCUCUCACAUCGUCGAGGCCGUGCUGGACCGCCGCGAGGCCCUCGACAUGGUUGCCCGAAAGCGGAUUCUCAACCGCCUGCUAGCGCCCGGCUCGCGGAGCCUCGUGGAGCUGGCCUGCCACUCCACGGGCUCCCACGUCGUGGACAAGCUGUGGGGCUUUACGUUCCGCCUCAACAUGUACAAGGAGCGGAUUGCCCGGGCGCUCUUCGACGACCGCGACAGCGUCAAGAGCACGCUCUACGGCCGCAUGGUGUGGAAGAACUGGCGCAUGGAGCAGUACUGCCGCAAGUUCAACGACUGGAAGUGGCUCGUGAAGGAGGAGGAGAUGGAGCAGGAGCGGGAGCACGCCGCCGCCGCCGCCGCCCCAGCAGCUUUGUCGGCGCCGCCCGCCACGGGGCUCAAGCGCGGGCGGGACUCCGCCCCGGCUGGAGACGCCGCGGCGGGAAACGCCGCUGCCAGCACGGGCAGGGACAAACGCCGCCGCGGCCGGCGUGCGGGCCCGCAGUGAGCCCCGUCCGUCCAUCCGGCUCCGCCCAGACGUAGCGUAUCCUAUAUAGCGCAGCAUAGCGCAGCAUAGCACCGCGUGGUGCAGCGCAUCCUGUAUAGCGCAAAAGCAAGACACACAUGUACAAGCAGCAGCAGCAGCAGCUGCUGCAGCCUUCUGCCCCCACCUCCGCCCGGGCCUGCGUUUCAGCUCCCCGUCGCCCAUGUUUCAGCUGUCGAGGCCCGUCGCGGCCGUGUUUCAGGUGCCCACACGGUGCCCCGCAGCGAAGCCUGCACACCACACGCCCACACUAUAUAUCAGCGCCCUAUGUUCCGGCCCCCGGCCC